AUGCGGGCCGUUCCUUUUAACAUCGGUCAUGAUCAUCAGUUGUCCUCGUCCAGGCAGAUCCGACAAGAAAUACACGCAGGAGCGUGGUGUCCACGCUCUUCAAUAUCAGAUAGCGUUGUGGAGUGGUUGGAGAUCGAUCUGCGAUCCACGUUUGUCAUCAUCGGCAUGGAAACGCAAGGCCGCCACGGCAUGGGCCUCGGGAAAGAGUAUGCAGAAUUCUACAGGAUCAUGUACAUGCGGCCAGGCUUCAAUGAGUGGAGGCCAUACCGAGACCGCAAGGACAACCAGGUAUUCGAGGGAAACAAGGAUACACGGGACUCCAAGUUCAAUCGGUUGGACCCUCCGAUCAUUGCCGACAAAGUCAGGUUCAUCCCGUUCAGCAAACACGUUCGCACUGUUUGCAUGCGGGUGGAGCUGCAUGGUUGCAAUCACACGGAGGAUCUGGUGAGCUAUUCGGCGAGACAGGGAGACGCGUUGUCUUCCGGGAUCAUGAUGCAUGAUUGGAUUUACGACGGGGGGAUUUCCGCGGACGGGUGGCUGCAUAACGGCAUCGGGACACUGUAUGACGGCAGACUCGGGCUCGAGGAUUUCAAACAUGACAGCCACUCCUGGGUCGGCUGGAAAAGGUCCAGCGCGAGCCUUUUACCUGGAACGACGGAGCCCUUCCUUCGAUUUUCAUUCCACUUCCAGACCCCCGGCAAUUUGUCAGCCAUUCUCAUCCACAUGAACAACAAGUUCUCCGAUGGAAUCCAGGUUUGUGUCCCGGCUUUAUUUUCUCGCCCGGUCGCGUGUCCUGCAGUUUACCGGAAUUCAUUACUUCCGAAUCCGGCGACGUCCAUGUGUGUGUGUGCUUCCGCGAGCGCUACACUCCUUCAUUAA